AUGGCUCCCGUCAUCAAGCGGACAGGCUCAGAUAGUGCCGUUACCUCCAUCAUCAACAUUCUUAGAAGGUCGGAUUAUGAAGGAAGUGCGCAUGAUAUACUAACACAUUUAGUGUACUAUACUCCGAGGCUGCGAAACAAAAAAAGAUUAGAACAACUUACUAGGGAGAUCCUUGAGACGAGCUUCUGGCAGCAUAAACUGAAUGGUGACCUUUUUGCGUUACAGGAAGCUUUUGAGUCUAUUUUCGCUUGGAAACUUGAAAUAUCAGAGCCCGUCAUAGGCAUCAGUGAGUUUUACCUUGUGUGGGAAGCGGCAAUCAGAAACUGCCGACGCUGGACCGCUGCUAGAAUAGCUAUUCUUUGCGGUAUUUUGAGCACUAGAACAAGAUUUGAAGAUAUACAAGCUAAAUUCUUUGUUGACGAUAGCGGCGAUGUCAUCACCCUCUACAGGAGGUGGAAAUAUCAGUUGUUUAUCCCCAUCUGGCGAGAAUUGUUCAUGAAAAGUACAAGAGAUUCCAAAAGCACGGAGCUGUUGGCAAUCUUUCUUGCGCGCAUUUUUCAAGCAGAGGACGCUAAUCUAGUUUCUACUGACUUGUUCGCUCAUGUUAUCCUCAACGCAACCAUGACGUUUGCUAAUGAUCCGCAAUCGGGCUCUAGAGCAGUUCUAAACAACCUUAGCAAUCUUGCCAAAGCUAUGGAAGUCGUUCUGCCCAAAGUGGAUAUCAAUAUAGUUGCCUAUGCACUCGAUUCGAUCUGCUGUGUUUCUUUCGAGCAGUCUUCUAGUGCGCUGCAGGCACCACGAGCCAAUUACUCGUCUCCGACACACUCAAACCAACUGCUUACUUUCGUCCUGAUUUUGCGUGGGUGUAUAGCUCAUCCAGCAUUCCCCGAAGAGUGCUACCAUCAGGUCAUCAUUGCAUUUUAUUAUCUCAACUAUAUCAUCCAGGACUUCGGCAAAAUUGGCUUUGAAUCCUACCAGUAUGUGUAUGAUGUUAGCGCAACGGGAAUAAUGGCGAUUCCUUCCCGCUAUUACAGGUGCCUUGAGAUCAUGCGUGGUAACAUAUGGACUCUGUCGGCAAGCAAUUCUGUCAACAAUAGCAGAAUACUGUUCAUGCUUGAUUUCAUGGAAUCGACACUAGUACAAACCAAAAUUUCAGCAGAAUUUUUAGAGUCCUUUGUCUCUCCAGUUUUACGACGUUACGCGGCAUCCCCGGAUACUGUGAUAUGUGAGGCGGCACUGGCAGCCUAUCUUGCCCUCUACGCUAAUCACAAUUCUUCUAACCGUUUUUUACAAGAAUGGAAAUCAAACCACUGCUUGGAGUUGCUUGAUAUAUCCAUCAAACAGUUCUUGACAGGCAUCUUAUCUUCAAGCCACUUGAUUCGCAUAUAUGAGGCGAUUGCACAUGAGGUUCCAACACUGCUUAGGACAAACAAUGAUAUUUCUCGACAGAUUCUUCAUUUCACCUACCGUCAAGUUGUUAAUUCUGGAUCCAAGUCUCUCGAAGAAACUUCCACGCUAAUCCUCUGCUUGGUGAAGCAAUUGCCGCACGUCAACAAAAAAUACAUGGUGGACUGGCUAGAAAACUGCAUAGAGCUAGCCAAGUUGUGCCAUUCAAAAAAAGGAGAGAUAUUAGACGCUAUAUGGGCAGAAUUAACAUCCAGGACGCUACACGAUGAUCACGCGUUGCACUGGUUCCUGAGUCGACAGCCCAAGUUGUGA